AUGGUGGCUACUAUAUACAAACGGCUUUUUUCGGGUUCCGCUAAUGUGCAAAUUUUGGGCCGCUUUCAAAAACAUUUGGUCAACACAGCGCCCAAAGAACAUGUGGUGAAAGAGCUGGUGCGUCCAGUGGGACUUUCUGAAGCACCCAAGCCCAAUGUAAAAUACAAGGAAGGAAACGGGGUUCGUGAUCUUUUCGACGAGGCCAAGACUACUCAGAGGACGAUGGAAUUGGAAAUGCAGUUCAGCAAGGGCGGACUCUACGACGUUCAUACGUUUCGUAAAACGGGCGGUAAACUAUUCUUAUCACCGCCGUCUUUUUGGAGACGAGACAAAGCGUUAUAUUUCCCACACAUACAUGCACGCAGUCUCUCUAAUUCGCAAGAUCAAGAUGUCGAGUCUUUUCUCAAAGGGAAAUUGUCUGUGGUACGAAUGUUCACCAGCGCUGCCGGGGACGAACUGGGGAAGUCAUAUUUUCGUGGAGAAGAUGGCCUAGACUAUCUCCAAUCAGAAUUGUUGCUUAACCCAGACAAUCAAGGCGUGUCAACGCAAAUCGUGGAAAUCAACCUAACAGAAAACAAACUCAAGGCUCUUUUUGCAAGACUCGCAUUGGGGAAAGUACGUUCCAGCGUACCCAAAGAGCGCCACUCACGGUAUUUCCUCGCCGACAGAAACCAGCUAUCGUUUGGCAUUCGUGAAGAGCUCCAGAUCAACAAUCUAUACACUAGCUACAUCUUGCUGGUGGACCCUCAGCUAAAAAUCCGUUGGAUGGCAAGCGGAGGGGCAGACAAAAAGGACUUCAACCUUCUGUGGAGAUGCGUUAGAGCCCUUAAAAAGGAGCUGAACUCGUCAAACUCAUCAUCGUGA